UGUGUCUUUUAGUAUAUAGUUAUUGAUGAUUAAAUGAGCUAAUAGGAUUUGAGAUACCUCUCUCUCUCUCUCUCUCACGCGCGCGCGCACACACACACACGCACACACGCACACACAAAAACUAAAAAUAACACACAUAAAAACUAAAAAUAAAAACUAGAAAAAACAGAGUAAAAGUUGAUUGUUUUCCCUCCAAAAGACAAACAUUAACAUCUCUUCUAUGAUCACAUCUCAUGUACCUACCAUUAAAACCCAAAUCAUUUCUUCAAUUUUUACCACCAUUUUCUUCUCUUUCUUCUUCCAAUUUGAUAUGGGUAUCUCAUUUUUCGUUGAAAUCCCCUCAAUUUUUAUCAGAAUUGAAAACCCAUCCCGCAAAUUUCUUCAAUUCAAUCAACAUUCAAAGUGGAAACCAAAAUUCAAACAAAGAAUGUAUUGACCAUGAACUUGAAUUGGUUUCUGCUCUGAAAUCUUGUUCUUCCCUCCAGUCAAUUUUUCAAGGUCAGCAAAUUCAUUCCUUAAUAAUAAAAUCAGGUCUUGAUUCCAAUAUUUUUAUUCAGAACAGUAUAAUUAGUAUGUAUGUUAAAUGUAAUCAGAUUGGUGUUGCUAAAAAGUUAUUCUAUUCGUGUUCACGAUUGGAUUCAAUUUCAUGUAAUAUUAUGCUUGGUGCUUAUGUGAAAUCCGGUAUGUUGGGUGAUGCCCUCCAACUGUUUGAUAUAAUGCCUGAAAGAGGGGGUGUUGCUUACACUACCAUGAUAAUGGGUUUGGCUCAGAGUGAUAGAUGGAGUCAAGCAAUCUCAAUUUUUAAGGGUAUGAGAGUUGCAGGAGUUGCUCCAAAUGAGGUAACUAUGGCUAGUGUCAUCUCAUCGUAUACUCAUGUUGGUAGGAUUUCGGAUGGUAGAGCUCUCCAAGCAUUGACUACAAAGGUAGGACUCAAAGACUUUGUUCUUGUUUCUACUAAUUUGCUGCAUUUAUAUUGUGUUAAAUCUAGUUUAGAGGAUGCUAGGCGCUUGUUUGAUGAAAUGCCGGAAAAGAAUAUAGUUUCCUGGAAUGUGAUGUUGAAUGGAUAUUCUAAGGCAAAGUUUGUUGAUGUAGCCAGGGAUUUAUUUGAUAAGAUUCCUGAAAGGGAUCUGGUUUCAUGGGGCACAAUUGUUGAUGCAUAUAUACAAGUAGAUAGGCUAGUUGAAGCUUUGACACUGUAUCGUUCAAUGCUAAGUGCAGGAUUAAGGCCCAACGAUGUUAUGAUUGUGGAUUUAGUUUCAGGAUGUGGGCGAGUAGUGGCAAUUGGUGAAGGUCAGCAACUGCAUUCCACAGUAGUAAAAGCUGGGUUCAACUGUUAUGAUUUUAUUCAAUCUACAAUUAUUCACUUCUACUCAGCUUGUGGGAAAAUUAAUCUUGCUUGCUUACAAUUUGAGGAAGCUUGUCAAUCCCAUCUUGCAUCCUGGAAUGCCCUUAUAUCAGGGUUUGUAAGAAAUGGAAUGAUUCAGAAGGCCCGAGAAUUCUUUGACAGGAUGCCUGAAAGAGAUAUCUUCUCCUGGAGCUCUAUGAUUUCUGGUUAUUCGCAAAGUGGACAGGCUAGUAUGGCUUUAGAAUUGUUCCGAGGAAUGGUGGCAGUUGGUGUCCAGCCAAAUGAGAUCACUAUGGUGAGUGUUCUUUCUGCCAUUGCAUCUGCUGGUGCAUUGAAAGAAGCAAAGUGGGCACACGAGUUUAUCAGAAAUAAUUCUAUCCCUCUCAAUGACAAUUUAAUUGCAGCGCUUAUUGAUGUUUAUGCAAAAUGUGGGAGCAUCAGCAACGCAUUGGAUGUUUUCAAUCCUUUACGACCCAAAAUCACUUCAGUCUCUCCAUGGAAUGCAAUAAUAUGUGGAUUGGCAAUGCAUGGACAUGUUACUUUGUCAUUGAGAAUAUUUGAAGACUUAGAAAAAACAGGUAUUCAACCCAACGCGAUAACUUUUAUUGGAGUUCUGACAGCGUGUUGUCAUGCUGGAUUAGUGGAAGCAGGAGAAAAAUAUUUUGAGAGCAUAAAAAAUGUCUAUAAGAUUGAUCCAAAUAUUAAGCAUUAUGGUUGUAUGGUGGAUCUCCUAGGCAGAGCAGGGAAAUUGCAAGAAGCCGAGGCAAUUGUAGAGAGCAUGCCAAUGCAGGCAGAUGUGGUCAUAUGGGGUACUUUGUUGGCAGCCUGUAGAACACAUGGUAAUGUGGAGGUUGGAGAGAGAGCAGCUAAGAGUUUAAGGGACUUAGAUACCUCUCAUGGGGCAAGCAGGGUCCUGCUGUCCAACCUUUAUGCCGAUGUUGGGAGGUGGAAUGAUGCGAUUGGGGUUCGGAAAUCGAUGCAAGGUGAACAGAUGAUAAGGCUGCCUGGUGCUAGUUUUGCAUGAUAUUUUUUUUUAAGAGAAGUUGGGAAAGUUUCGCUGUUGAAGUUCUCGAGUAUAAAAAAUUAUGAAUUGUACUAAUUGAAGCUCUCCGUAGUUGAUGACUUGUAAUGACAAAUAUUAAGUAGUUGACGACUCAUACUAGUAUUAAUUAAGCAAUGGCCUUCUGCAUUGUAAUGAAAAAUGAUAAUGAUGCUUGUUUAAACAAAAUUUCUGCCACUUGUGUAUAAACAUUAAACACUACUGGGGUCAACUGCCCUUGUAUUAUGGUCCAAGUGUUUUGAAGCCGGAUCAUGCAGCACGCUCAUCACUGGUAUAGAAUAAGCUUGUGAGCCAAAGCAUCAAAAGAGGAGACAAGUCUGAGUCCUUUGAGGAGCACUCGUGCUUAUUGACUACGAGCAAAGUUGAUGAAAAAUCAGCGCUUAUGAGUUAUGACGACCAAGUAAGUUGAGGCUAGCACAAGUGGGUCUAACAAUGAGAUUUACCUGUUUCACCUAUGUCAAACAGUCUCGGACCAUGACAUUUUAGCAGAUGAA